AUGACCACGCACAUACCUGCCGCUGGCCAGUCGUCGAGCCCCGUCGACUCGGCCGAGGCCAAGGAGAAGGAUACGGUUAACAAAGGGGUGUCCUCGCGACGGUUGAAGAAACGCGAAAUAGACCGACGAUGCCAGCGUCAAGCUCGAGAACGCACAAAGUCCCGCAUCGCCUACCUCGAGGGCCUCGUGGAGGAUUUUCGCCGCCAGGAUUCGAGCGGGCAAGUGGCCACGCUGAUGAAGCAGUUGCAAGAUGUCGAAACCGAGCGAGACCUGAUGGCAAAGACAUUAAAAGACAUUCAAAAAGCUAUGGAUAUACACAAGCCAACGUCGGCUUCGGAGGAUCAGACACAUGGUGCGAACACCAAAAAGUCGCAGACGCCACUUGAAGACCUCAACGUCGAGCGGAAACGUAGCAUCACUUCCCUCUCCGAUGACACUCCCAUUCGCUUGAAGUCCGAAGCUGUCGAGAUUCCUUCCGAAAUAAGUGCCGCUCGCAGUUUCGAGCUUGUCCACUAUUCGCCUCCACCAAAUCACCCUUUGCCGGCACCGGAGAAACUGUUUGCGCCCGAAGUUGUCCGCUUGGAUAGCACCAACAACCCGCAGUCGAUCCCUAAAGCUGUCGUGCAGUCAAAGGCUGCCAUCCAUCCGAAUCUCGCCCCUCUGCGGUAUCAAGACAAUUGGGCCGCACCUCGACAUACGUGUUCCUGCCACAGCUGUUACGAUGGCUCGCGUCCAUCAGGUCGUCGUCCCGUCUACCAAGGAAAUUACUGGAAAUUCGCCAACGAGGUGCUGAGUGAGCGAUUCGACUGGAGUAAUGUCCAGGCUGCCCCGCCAGAAAUCGAGGAAGACGUGCCGAUUCGUGCCUUGAUCGAGGGCUGGGAUGCGGUCGCCCGCAGAGGCCCUCUACACCCUACGUGGCAGCUCUUGCGACAGAUUGACCAGACCUUGUUCGGCACAUGCCCCAAGACUGAACGGCUGGCUAUAAUGAGAGCCAUGCAUUUGCUCCUUCAGUUCCACACAGAGUCCACCGCCGAGCGGUACGAACGUCUACCGCCGUGGUAUAUGCGACGGCCUUCACAGAAUUUGGCGCAUUCGUACGCGAUCGACUAUUUUGCCUGGCCGGGUUUGCGCGAACGGUUCAUCUUCAACGAGCAUGACUACUGUGGAAACGAUUUUUGGUAUUUGUUCUGCAAGAGUUUGAGGAUUCAAUGGCCGUAUGAAUUCCGUGAUUGCUACACCCGCGAGACCAGCACAGGCUUGUAUAAGAUGUCUCCCAUGUUCGAACAGCGAUUAGUCGAUAUCAGAUGUUGGACCAUGGGACCAGACAUCUUCAGACGCUUUCCGGAGUUUUCCAGCGACAUUCCCUCUGUCGACAUGGUCCCACCAUUGCUGAGUCCGAGUACAAGUCCCGCACCGAGGAAACGGAUUCGUUUGUCUGCUUCGCCAAAGGUGGUCCAGACUGAGAGGACAUACGAGAAGGAAAAGGUUAUUACGAUUGAAGACGACGAGCCAGUCGAGCAAUCAUCGAGUGCUACCAAUCCCCGCUCGGAUAGCACUGUUUCAGUACACGUUCAAGGAUACCAGUAUUCGCAUUCCAUCCAGCCGCAAAGCCACCAGUGCCAUCACCCGCCCGGAGCGCCUGGUCUACCCAUGCGUAGGCAGCAUAAUAUGCACGGCCAUGCCGUACCUCGACCGCAAGAGAUGCAUGUCCCGGGCUCACAUCAACACCACAUGCCGCACAACCAGGGCAUGUUUCGUCCACAUGACCCCACUCAACACAUGUAUAAUAUCUCGGAUUUCAAUCCUAUGAUGGUUCUCGACACAUAUGCCUAUGGAGCCAACAUUGGCGAGGCCGAUUUCGCCAAUGUUUACCAACCCGAAGCUGUUGAGAGUUAUCCCAACGCCAUCUACUGA